CGCCACUCUCAGCCCCUCUUUUUCAGGAAGCAUCGCCGCCAUCCCCAUCGUCGUCGUCGUCGACCACAGUAGUCAGCGAGCAGAGACGACAGUUGAGGAGACUGAUCGCGAGGGAAAGCUACAUCUCUCGACAUCCUACCAUGGCAUCAUCUUCAUCAUCGAGCUCAGGCGACUCUUCAGCAUAACUACACCUUCGCAAAUAGCCAAAGGAUCAUUUGACGCGGUUCAGAUCUCACCCUAGAGGUCCUCCCCCGGCUCUUGGCAACCCGCUUGGAAAGGCGGGGGCAAGGGGGGGUCGAGACGCCCAAUAGGAUCUGAUCAUGUCAACUGCACAUCCACACCAUCCCGAUGGGCUCAACACCCGUUGGCUCAUGACCGCCUCUCCACCUGACAUGUCACCGCCAUCGUCUCCGAUCCAGGGCAUGGGUUCGGGCUCGGGUGCCGGACCAUCAAAUCCCAGGAAAUUCAGUCGACGGCCUUCCUUAUCUCGCUAUCGUGAACAUGCAGAUGGAGCUGAGCAUCUCAAUUCGUUCGUCUCUUCCACCUCGAGCGUCGACAUGUCAAAUGCUCCGACUCCAUGGAACACAUUCUCCCCGCCUGAUGCGUAUGAGACAGUCACCAUGAAAUCUCAAGGUCCAGAAGAGAUGCUCUUCGACCAAGACCCAGACGUGUCAUUCCAACUGUCGCUCACUGGCGCCUCAUCCAAUCUGUCCACUCAUCCUUCCUUUCGCUCCUCCCACAAAUUGUUACCUUCAGCAAGUCCCUCGCGAGCGAUCCAAUCCCCUAUACCAUCCUCUCGCAAAUCCGUACCUAAUCCACCCUUGUCUCUACGCUCAGGAGGCAGAUCGCUGUCCGACUUUCCGACGCCUCUGAGUGAGAUCACGCGACUGUCUCCUUCGACACCCGCGACUCAGUUCAGUGAUCCUAUCGGCGCCAAGUCAGUACCAGACUCGGACAUCCUGUCAUCCUCAGUGCCGAGAUCAACGAGCAUCGACGUUGACACCAUACGGCUACGUCAGCUCGGUUAUGAUUCAGUCUUGGGUCGAGAUUACACUUUCUGGUCCAGUCUGUGUAUCUCUACCAUCAACAUCGGCUCUCUACAGGGAGCCCUGUAUGCAGUUUCUGGAGCUUAUAAUUAUGGGGGACCUUUGAUGAUUCUCGUGGCAUGGCCCAUCUCCGGCAUCUUUGGUCUCUGCCUCACACUCACCAUGUCGGAAUUGGCCUCAGCGUAUCCCGUCUCUGGAGCCAUGGCGUCCUGGGCCUGGAAAGCUGCUCGAGGAGGAGUUGGACAUGAAAGGGCUUGGGGGUGGCUGAUGGGAGGUGUGGUGCUAGGUGGUCACAUCGGAAAUGCCAUUCUCGUGUUAUGGGAGAUAUCUCGCAUCAUCACGGGCACCAUGGAGGUCGCAUUCAAUUACGAAGAGCGCAACUGGCAAUCCCUCCUGUUUUUCCUCGCUGUACUUGCCGUAUGCGGGGUCACGGGUGCCACCGCUUGGGGUCGAUCUCAUCGGUUCUGGCUUGCAGCAGGGGCGUAUUUCGUCGCUGUCUGGCUCAUCCUAAAUGCAACUUUGAUUGCCGGGGUGGUCAGGAAUCCCUACCGCGGCGUAUCGACCCACUUCUGGAACUCUUCGGGAUGGUCCUCUCGAGGAUAUGUCGGGUUGCUGGGAUGGCAGUACUGUACACUUGCCAGCGGGAUGGAUGCUUCGGCUCACAUGGCUGAAGAGACCCGGAAUCCUUCCCGAAAUGUACCCAAUGCAAUGACAGGCUCCAUUGUGGUCACCUACAUUAUGGGCUAUAUUUCUAUCCUGCUGCUACUCCUGGCAGUGGACCCAAAGGACGCGUUUGACAUCAGCACGCACUCUUUCCCGGCCGGUCACAUUCUUCAACGGGCAGUCUCAACAUCCGGCUCCAUCGCGAUCUCCUGUCUUCUCGUGUUCGUUCUCACCAUGCAAGUCUUAGCUCAGCUUCAAGCAUCGUCACGAUUCGUCUUCUCCCUCGCUCGGGAUAAUGCCAUGCCGUUCUCAAAGGCCAUUCAAUGGACAAAUUCUUCCAAGCAGCCCGUCGUUGCUCACUUUGUGGUCAUUGCGCUUUGCGCGCCGUUCGCCGCCCUCACCCUAGCGGGCAGUGGCACAUUGUAUUCCAUCCUAGCUGUCACAGCCGGAUCUCUCAGCUUUCUCGCAUACGUCGUGCCUGUCGGCCUGUAUCUCGUUUCCAAGAAGGACCUCCAGACUGAGGGGCGUACGUCGUGGUCACUCCGCGGGUUCAGUAAACCCAUUGGGUGCAUCGGUGUCGCCUACGGCUGCACUAUCAUUGUCGUCCAGAUGCUUCCGGGUCAUCGUCCAGUCACAGCUGGAAAUAUGAGCUGGAGCUCUGUGAUCCUCGUUGGAGCUUGCUUGAUUUCCUUCAUCACCUGGAAGCUCUAUGGUGCCAAGCAUUACUCGGGUCCGAUUCGCGCUUUGACCAAGUGGGAGACUGGCAUGGAGAUUGAUCUUCAAUCUGCUCUUGCCAGCUCCAGAUCCCGUUCCGGAGCAGUGACAACGAAUGAUCAUACUGGCCGAUCUCGUCGUCGGCCGUCCGAGAGUUCGAUCAAGAUGCACGAUCUCAAUGGCUCUGAGGAGGUCAUUCAUACCAUUACGGUGGCUAGCGCCCGUACGAUGGAUCUGGAGGAUACCAAUGAACAGUGGGGUCACGAUAGGAGCACGGGAUGGACGGAGAAUGAUAAUAGGGACGAUUCCACUAAUGGGCGUGUGUAAUUUUGGGUAUGGCUUCGAAGCCAGCAGUAUUCCGGUGAUAUAUUGUACAAAGUAGUCCUCCAUUUCUGUGUGUGUGUGUGUGUGCGUCUGUGACCGUCAUUUCUUGAGGGAUCCUCUAGCUGUAUAUGCGAGUGACAAUGGGAUGUAACGCAGUAGCUGAG